AUGGGAAGCUUCUCUCAAGGCAAUUGGUGUUGGGGCAUAAAGUGGAGAAGGAAUCUAUUUGAUUAUGAGCAACAUAUAGUUGUGGCAUUUAUGGAAGCAAUUACUGAUAUACAAAUCCAGCUUCAUAUGCAGGAUAUUAUAAAGUACAUAUUGAGAAGUUUUGAACUUGCAUCCGGAUUAAAGAUCAACUUUGCAAAGAGUAGUUUCGGAGCAAUAGGAAAAUCUGAUCAAUGGUGGAAAGAAGCGGCUAAGUAUCUCAAUUGCAGAAUUUUGUCCUUGCCGUUCAUGUAUCUUGGUAUCCCCAUUGGGGAUAACCCAAGACGUAAUGAGUUUUGGGAUCCUAUACUCCAAAAGGUACCUUCAAAAAUAAUAGUCAAAAUGGAAGCCAUUCAACGAAGAUUUUUCUGGGGAGGAGGGCAGGAUCAGAGGAAGAUUGCAUGGGUAGAUUGGAAGACCAUUUGCCUACCAAAAGACAAAGGUGGACUGGACAUUAAAUACCUAAGGACCUUCAAUUCAGCUUUGUUGGGGAAGUGGCGUUGGGAACUCUUUCAUAAUCAGGAGGAACUUUGGGCCAAGGUGAUUUGCUCGAAAUAUGAUGGGCGGAGGGCAGUGGAGAAUGGAAUAACAGGCAGUCAUGACUCAAUAUGGUGGAAAGAUCUAAUUUCAGUUCAUAAGCAGCAGCAGAACAGAGCAAUUUUAAGGGAGACUUCAUGGAAGGUGGGCGGUAGGCAGAAGUUUAGGUUUUGGGAAGAUCCUUGGACAGCUGAUGAAGUGCCUUUAAUGGUUAAAUUCCCUAGGUUAUAUCAGAUUUCACGCCAACAAAAUCAAUUGAUUAACCAGGUGGGGAGUGUCACAAAUCAGGGUUGGGAAUAG